AUGGUAGUGGUGGUGCAAAUUAUCCGUCGGCCGAAUACAACGAACCAACAAUCCAGGGUAGUCAAGGUGAAGCAUCCUCCUGGGAUCCGUCCGCUUCAUCGUACGUGGAGGAAAGUCGUCGCGUCAUUAUUCCCGUCACACAACUAGAACCCGCAAUUUACGAGCGGUACCGUGAAUAUUACAUGCCUAGUGAUGAUCAAACCAGUUACCCGAGGUUGAUGGUUGUAAAUCGUCCUUACAAGCCUCCAAUAAGCAGGAAGUCGA